CAUUGCCAAUAUAAUACUAGUUAUUGCUUCCAAGGUUUGGCUCUCCGAACCCACCGAAGUGGGCCAUGAUACUGGUAUGUAUCGUAUUUCAACUCAGGUGCCCACCAAGCCAGUCCCGGGGCCCGGGACUUUAUAGACAGCUGCGAUCGUGUUUCUUCAUCUUGCUACAGAUUCUAGGAUGUCAUUUUGGCACUCUGUGCUGGGGGCUACCAUCGGCCAUUGGCUAGCAGAUUCUAGCACUCGAUCGACCACGGCGGGGGCCGUGAUGUACGGCCCGCUGGUCCUCGGCUUCAUCUACGACAACCUGAUCUUGGGUCUCUACUGUAGCUUUGUGUGGCGAUGUCCUGCGAUCGUAAUGGAGCAAUUGUACAGGAUCAUGAUCGCAGGCGCAGCGCAGCGCCGAGAGUCCAAGAAGGAAGGUACUCAACCCCAAGUCAGGAUAUUGGACAUCGGCGUGGCCACUGGCUACUUCAUGUUCAAGUCCAAAAUUCCCGACAACACUUUGGUCACGCUUUUCGAUCUAAAUCCGGACUGCCUGGACUAUGCUUCCACAAGGUGUCGCCAAGCCCACAGCGACGUGGUCGACCUUGACGUUGAGGCUGUGCGUGGGGACUUCCUGGCAUCACGUUCCGACUCGUCUUCCAUACAGAACGUGCUCGGCCCAGCGAGACGGGAUGGCCAGAAGUACGACCUAAUUUUUACCAACUUCCUAUUGCACUGUCUUCCGGGGCCGCCGACGCGCAAAGCCAGUGCAUUGGCUGAGCUGUCUCACCUCGUCGAGCCGGUCUCCGGGGUUCUGUGUGGGACGACGAUCUUGGGGAGCCAUUCCAGGGAAGCAAACCAUUCCUGGCUCGGUCGAUCCAUUCUUCUUUUGCACAACCUUCUGGGAUGGUUUGACAACGAGAGGGAUGAUACGAUGGAUUUCAUUCGAGCGUUGGAAGGGGCCUUUGAGACUGUCUCUUAUCAAAUCAUCGGCGCGGUGCUGUUUUUUGAGGCGAGAUGCCCCCUGCAUAAAGAUAGUGUGGGGUCUGUAUAG